UUGUGUGUACACUCAGGGUUUGUGUCAUGCUAACUGAAGUAAGCUAACGACUCACUCAGCUAUCGUUACUUGAUCAGCUUGUAGUUAAUAACAUUCUGUAUGUUGACAGUGUUUUUGACAAGUACGCGAAGUUAAAUCGGAUUUGUGUGCUUGGGUAUGUGAACAUUAAAUGAUUCAGUUUAUAAAAGUGUUUAAAAGUAGGCUAUCGCUAGCCAUUUGGCUAACUGUGGGGCUAAACAUACUAAUUCGAAUAUGCUACAUUAAUCUGUUAGUAGAAACGAUUUUAAGUUAUUUAUGAUGUAAUUUACCGUGGUGUUACUUUAAUUUUUAGCGCUGUCGUAAUAAAAUAAUUUUUAUUGUGUGUUUACAUCGUGUAAUCGCUAUACUCAGAGUCCCCGUAUGUUAACGCGAAUCUCUAUCGGGCCAGUGGCGCAAUGGAUAACGCGUCUGACUACGGAUCAGAAGAUUCUAGGUUCGACUCCUGGCUGGCUCGAUUCUUUUGAUUUUUGAGUUUGAUGUAUUUCAGUAUUCAGUGUCAUAAUUGGGCGCGUGAUUCAUUUUCUUAUAUAUAAAUAUAAAAUCGAAAUAAAGCAGAUAUUAAUUAAUUGGUCAAUAAUGGACCUGCUUCCAGUAAUCACUUUCCAGUAUCCCACAUGCAGUCUGUGUGAGAGAGGCCUGUCCCAUGUGGUGCAGAUCUACUGCCCUCUUGCGGCGUCUCCUUACCACAGAACCAUCAAUGUAUUCGCCUGCUCCAAUCCACAGUGCUGUGGCAAAUCAGAGAGUUGGAUUGUCCUGCGCUCUCAGUGUUUGGAGGAUGACAUCAAAGCAAGACAAGACAACAAAACCACGGCAUGUACAGAAUCUGUGAUGUCCAGAACAGACUGGUGUGAUGAAGCUGAUGAUUGGGGGAUGGACGAUGAAGAGGAAGAGAAAGUGGCUGAAAGCAGCAUACAAAUGCCAAAUGACAGUACAGGUGAAGGACAUAAUAUCAGCAGCAGGCUUCAGGACCUGUGCAUUAAUGGAGGGGAUCAAAGUGCCCUCCAACCCUCCGACGUGCCCGUUUUCAAGUCUUUCUACAUAAGCGUUAUGGAUGAAACAGACUUGGAUGGAUUUCAUGAUACAGAUCAUGAAAAUGAACUUCUUAGAGAGUAUGAGAAGAGGGAGGGAGUGAUUGUCAGGGAGAUUCAGAGUUGUGAAAGCGGAGAAGCUCAGGAGGAAUAUGAGAAGGCCACAGCCAAGCAUGGAGAUGAAGUGUUCACCAGUUUCAUGAAGAAAACCUGUCUUUGUCCUGAACAAGUGUUACGAUACAGUUGGGGUGGAUCGCCUCUAUUUAUAACAGAGCCUCCUUCCAAUGUUAGUCAGAUGGUGUCGUGCUGCGGUCACUGCGGCGGCCCAAGAGUUUUCGAAUUUCAGCUCAUGCCAGCAUUGGUCAGUUUGCUCGGAAGUGCAGAUACAAACUCAGAUGUUUCGCUGGAGUUCGGAACAGUUCUUGUGUACACCUGCAGAAACAGCUGUUGGAAAUCAGGAUCAACGGUUCCAGUAGAAGAAUUUCUUGUUGUUCAGCCCGACCCAGACCAAAAGCUCUUCAAAUGAUAUAAUUUAUCAACAAUAAAGAACUUUAUUCAGUACAA